AUGGCUGCCCCACGUAGCGCCGCUCUCAAAAUCGACUGGACCAAAGUCACCAGCUCGCUCGGCCUUCGCGGCCAAACCGCAGCAUCCCUCCAAGCCUUCAAGAAGCGCAACGACGAUGCCCGCCGCAAAGUGACCGUUCUGUCCGAACAACCCCAAACCGUCGACUUCGCGUACUACCGCAAGACCCUCAAGAACCAGGCCGUCAUUGACGAGAUCGAGAACCACUUCAAGACCUUCAAGCCUGCCACCUACGAUCUUGGCCGUCAGCUUAAGGCUAUCGAUGCCUUUGAGGCUCAGGCUCUCAAGUCGGCCGAGGAGACCAAGGGUCGCGUUGAGGCCGAGUUGGUGAAUUUGCAGAAGACUUUGGAGAAUAUUGAGACUGCCCGGCCGUUUGAUGAGCUCACCGUCGACGAGGUCGCUACCGCCCAGCCCGAAAUUGACGAAAAGACCGCCUCCCUCGUGUCAAAGGGCAAGUGGAUGCCAGCUGGAUACAAGGAGAAGUUCGGAGAUCUCUCCAUCUUGUAA